UGCUGAUCUCCUCCUCUUCCAGGAAGUAAAAAAAGGCGUCAAAUAAGGAGGAACAAGGGAAAACACGUCCUCCCCACAUCUGUCUCUCUCCCUCAUUAAUGUGUUAAGCACAUUAAUGUUUUAGAUUGUCGUGUAAAGCAGCUGUAUGAUGUCCAUUAGAGCGCGAAACAGAGAGGUCUGCGCAGACUGCAGCUCGACCGAUCCUCGUUGGGCCUCGAUCAAUCGAGGAGUUCUGAUCUGCGAUGAAUGCUGCAGUAUUCACCGAGGUCUGGGCCGCCACAGCUCUCAGGUCCGGCACCUGACCCAAACUUUGUGGCCCUCCUCACAGCUACAGAUGGUGAAGUCCCUGUACAAUAAUGGAGCAAAUUCAAUCUGGGAACACAGCCUUCUGGAUCCAUCUUCCAUCAUGAGUGGAAAACGCAAAGCCAAUCCUCAGGACAAAGUCCACCCUAACAAAACAGAUUUCAUAAAGGCUAAAUAUCAAAUGUUGGCGUUUGUUCAUCGAAUGCCAUGUAGAGAAGAUGAUAGUGUCACUGCCAAAGACCUCAGCAAGCAACUUCACUCUAGUGUGAGAACCGGCAAUUUGGAAACGUGUCUGAGGCUGUUGUCGCUGGGAGCACAGGCUAACUUCUUCCAUCCAGAGAAAGGAAAUACUCCAUUACAUGUGGCAGCUAAAGCAGGCCAGCUGCUACAGGCAGAGCUGCUUACUGUUUAUGGAGCCGAUCCCGGAGCACAAGACAGUUCUGGGAAGACUCCUGUUGACUACGCCAGGCAGGCAGGACACCAGGAACUCACAGACAGACUGGUGGAGAUCCAGUUUGAGCUGACAGACAGACUAGCAUUCUAUCUGUGCGGAAGAAAGCCAGAUCAUAAAAGCGGGCAACACUUUAUAAUUCCUCAGAUAGCAGACAGCAGUCUUGACUUGUCAGAACUGGCCAAAGCAGCAAAGAAGAAGCUUCAGUCUCUCAGUAAUCAUCAGUUUGAAGAACUAGCCAUGGAUGUGUACGAUGAAGUUGACAGAAGGGAAACGGAUGCAGUCUGGCUUGCCACGCAGAACCACAGCACCUUGGUAACUGACACCACGGUGGUACCUUUCCUCCCUGUCAACCCUGAAUAUUCUUCCACUAGGAAUCAGGGGCGCCAGAAACUCGCAAGGUUCAAUGCACAUGAGUUUGCCACACUGGUUAUUGAUAUUUUAACUGAUGCCAAACGCCGUCAGCAAGGAAAUUCUCCUGAUAAUGUCAAAGAUAAUGUGGAGUUAAUUCUGAAGGACAUUGGGAACCGUCAUGGCAGUGAAAGUCCUGAGAUGGACCAGCCUGAUUAUGACAGUGUAGCAUCAGAUGAGGAUACUGAGCAAGAACCAACAUCUGGAAAAGACGAGAGGACCAAGAGCUCAGAGUCCUCAGACUUGUCGGACAGCCCGAUCACCGUUCAGGAGUUCAUGGAAGUGAAAAGUGCCCUCAAUGCCUCUGAAGCAAAGAUCCAGCAGCUCCUCAAGGUCAACUGCCAUCUUAGUGAGGAGUUGAGACUCAUGCAAAGCAAGUUAAACUCCCUCCAGAAUGAGAACAGCACUCUGAAAUGGCAAACUCCAAACAGUUUGGCAAGGUCGCAGGACCUCCCGCAGAGGGCACCCCCACGCGGCUGUAGGGCCAUGUCGAUGUACGAGACUGGUUCAGGUCCGAGGCAGUACCACCCUAGAGGAGAGACCGUCCACCCUGACACAACUCUGACUCUUCAACCACUGCCAUCUAAUAUUGGGAAGGGUCCCUCGGUGACUGCCUUCUCCUCCCUUCCCACGUUCCCCUCAACUCUGUCCUGGUCCUGGGAUGAGAUAACCAAAAGGGGAUCCACCUUGGAUGCCCAGAGCGGCAUGCCAGAAAGUGACUAUGAAAAUGCACUGAACCACAUUGAGAUGGAUGAAUCCGGGUCAACACUGAGUAACUUCUCCAGGGCGAGUGGUUGGCUGGGUGACGGUACAGUGCCACAAUCAGAAAACCUGUCUGAGAGCGAGUGUGAUUCGACUCUACCGUGCACAGAGGACGUCAUCAGCAAAACAGAGCUGAUCACUAAGAACAUCCAGGAAUUACUCAGAGCUGCACAGGAAAAUAAACAUGAGGGUUUUGUCCUGUGUUCGGAGAGAAUUCUUGUAGCAGUGACAGAAAUGGCUACAUUAUUCCCUAAGAGGCCGUCCUCCGAGACCGUUCGCGGAUCCUUACGGCUCUUGACCUCCAGUGCCAGCCGUCUGCAGGGCGAAUGUCAAAAGGUCACACCGCACGAUUCCCAGCAAGUUAUUCAGUGUGCCUACGACAUUGCCAAGGCGGCCAAACAGCUAGUUACUGUGACUACCAAAGACAGUAACUGAGUUACAGUACGAGUAGCUGAGCGCCUUUCACCAUGUACACUUUGCUAUUAUCUUGUCCAGUAUUAUUGAUCAAAGUUUUUUUUUUUUUUUUUUACGUUUACUCUAACAUAACUUUCGGGGCACUAAGCCUUGAUAAUCAGCAGCCUGAUUUGUAUUAUUUUUUUCCUAGCUUUACUGUGCCGUUUUAUAAUGUAAACUAAAAUUUGUUUUGCUUCCCUUGGUGCUAAUUAAGUGAUUUGUCAUAUCUGUAUUGCUUGUUUGUGGAUAAACAGAACAUGGCCUUUACUCAUUUCCUACCUGCACAUUUCAAAUAUACCAUGUACGAAGUUUAAGUGAGACACAACUGAAAAUCAUAAAUGGCUAUUAUUGCUGAAAUUCAGCUGGCGUAGUAAGUAUUUCUGUCUUGAAAACCAGCUCACUCAAAAUGUGACCGUGAUGUAGAUGUCAGGACACACAAUGCCUCAUUUCUUGUGCAAUAAAUACCUUUAGUCUUGCUGCAAAAUCCUACCUUACCCGUCCUGGUGUUGCCAUUGUAUUAAGUAAUUCAGAGUGUAUAGUCUUAUUAUGGAGUGCUUUAGUAUGUGAGCUGUUAUACCUCAUUUGUGUGUAUGCUUGGGUGUCUUAAAUAUAGUCCCUCACACAUGCAGACACAUCACCCUCUGCUUAUGAUUUUAAAAUGUCAUGUUUAUUUUCGCCAUAAAUAGUUUUCAUUCAUUUGUGCCUAAUCGUUAUCCAGUUCAAAUUAUUGUCCCUUUGAAUUUCUUUCAAGAUGCAGUCUUUGCAGCUUAAUCCCAGGCAUGUUUGCACGUUUUCAUUCGUCCAGGGCAUCAGAAUGUCAGCGUUUAUUCAUAGGCAACUGUAAAACGAAAUCCUUUUACUAUGAAUUCACUUUGUCUGAUGUUUUAGGGAUGCUCUUGUGUGUCCAAAGGAUGUGUUCCUGUGCUGCCUUGUCAGAAAUACUACAAAUAACACACACAAUUGCCUAACGGCCACCAGCUGCUGUGUUAGUGAUUCCGGUAUUAUGUGGUAUCGCUUUGUAUUAUUCAGUACAUCAUUAUAUUUAUAUACAAGUUAUAUAUGUAAGCUGCUGGUUGUCAGUUAUGUAUGCAACUAAUCUGGUGCGAGUUUGUCCUAUUUCCUGCUCCAGUAGCUGGUGGAUGUGUACACAUGCACUUACCUACUCAAUUUGGAAGGACACAUCGGCCUUCAUAUGGGAUAUGCAUCAUGCAGUUGAUGCUGCUUCACAGUCUUGUUACUAAAUAUAAUAAAUUUUAAUUGUACUCAA